GCGCAGUUACUCGCAGUUACUCGGUUGGUUGAUCGUUGAUAUUUAGUACGUAUCGUACGUAUGUUACAAUAAUGGCGGGGUCUAUAGAGAUACCACUUCGUGACACGGAUGAGGUCAUAGAACUUGGCUUGGAUCAGUUACCAGAAGGGGAUGAAGUUUUAGGAAUUCUACGACAGGAACAUGCUCAGCUCCAUAUUUGGGUUAAUUUGGCUUUGGAAUACUACAAGCAGCAAAAGAUCAGUGAUUUUAUUAAGAUACUUGAAUCAUCUCGUCUCGAUGCAAAUAUUGACUACCGUGACUAUGAAAAAGAUCAAAUGCGUGCACUCGACAUGUUGGCUGCCUAUUAUGUUCAGGAAGCCAACAAAGAAAAAAAUAAGGACAAAAAGAGAGAUUUGUUUACAAAAGCUACAUUAUUGUAUACAACAGCUGACAAAAUCAUCAUGUACGAUCAGAAUCACUUGCUCGGCAGAGCUUAUUUCUGCUUACUCGAAGGUGACAAAAUGGAGCAGGCUGAUGCUCAGUUCAAUUUUGUGCUUAAUCAAUUGCCAAAUAACAUACCUUCUCUACUGGGCAAAGCCUGUAUCGCUUUUAACAAAAAAGAUUACAGAGGCGCUCUUGCAUUUUACAAAAAAGCUCUGAGGACUAAUCCGCACUGUCCAGCUGCCGUCAGAUUGGGAAUGGGUCAUUGUUUCAUGAAACUGAACAACCAAGAGAAAGCUCGACUCGCGUUCGAGAGAGCUUUGCAAUUGGAUGGACAAUGCGUCGGUGCGCUAGUUGGUCUUUCCGUUUUGAAACUGAAUCAACAACAGCCCGAUAGUAUAAAAACUGGCGUACAAAUGCUAUCAAAAGCCUAUACAAUCGAUUCGACGAAUCCUAUGGUACUGAAUCAUCUAGCGAAUCAUUUCUUCUUCAAGAAAGAUUACAGUAAAGUUCAGCAUUUGGCUCUGCACGCGUUUCACAAUACAGAAAACGAAGCCAUGCGAGCGGAAUCUUGUUAUCAACUGGCUCGAGCUUUUCACGUUCAAGGUGAUUACGAUCAAGCGUUUCAAUAUUACUAUCAGGCAACGCAGUUCGCUCCGCCUGUGUUCGUAUUACCGCAUUUCGGCUUGGGACAGAUGUACGUUUAUCGCGGCGAUUCCGAGAAUGCGGCACAAUGUUUCGAAAAAGUAUUGAAAGUACAACCCGGCAAUUACGAAACGAUGAAGAUUCUGGGAUCCCUGUACGCGAAUUCGAGUUCGCAAUCGAAACGCGACAUCGCGAAAAAUCAUUUGCGAAAAGUAACGGAACAGUUUCCCGACGACGUCGAAGCCUGGAUCGAGUUGGCGCAGAUAUUGGAGCAAAGCGAUCUCAACGCAGCCUUGAACGCUUACGGAACAGCGACCAGAAUUCUAAAGGAGAAAGUACAGGCGGAUAUACCACCUGAAAUUUUAAACAACGUGGGAGCGUUACAUUACAGACUCGGUAAUUUGGAAGAAGCCAGAAAAAAUCUGGAGGAAUCUUUGGCGCGUUCGAAAGCGGAUGCCCUGCACGAUUCGGUCUAUUACAAUUCGAUAGCGGUGACAACCACAUAUAACUUGGCGCGACUCAACGAAGCGUUGUGCAUAUUCGAUCGAGCGGAGAAACUGUACAAAGACAUUCUAAAAGAGCAUCCGAAUUACGUGGAUUGUUAUCUUAGACUCGGCUGCAUGGCCAGAGACAAGGGACAGAUAUACGAGGCGUCCGAUUGGUUCAAGGACGCCUUGAGAAUCAACAACGAGCAUCCGGAUGCGUGGUCCCUACUGGGCAAUCUGCAUCUGGCCAAGAUGGAGUGGGGUCCCGGUCAGAAGAAAUUCGAAAGGAUUCUCAAGAAUCCGUCAACAAGCACAGACGCUUAUUCACUGAUAGCUUUGGGCAAUAUCUGGCUCCAGACGUUGCAUCAGAGUGGAAAGGACAAGGAAAGAGAGAAGCGACAUCAAGAUCGAGCACUGGCUAUGUACAAACAGGUUUUGAGAAACGAUCCGAAAAAUAUCUGGGCUGCGAACGGCAUCGGCGCUGUGCUCGCGCACAAGGGUUGCGUGAACGAAGCGAGAGAUAUAUUCGCUCAAGUGCGGGAAGCGACAGCGGAAUUUUGCGACGUCUGGCUAAAUAUCGCGCACAUUUAUGUGGAGCAAAAACAAUUCGUCAGUGCUAUUCAAAUGUAUGAAAAUUGCUUGCGUAAAUUUUAUAAAUAUCAUCACGUGGAAGUGUUGCAAUAUCUCGGUAGAGCUUAUUUCAAAGCUGGCAAAUUGAAAGAAGCAAAACUAACGUUAUUGAAAGCGCGCCGAGUAGCCCCACAGGACACCGUGUUACUGUACAACAUCGCUCUUGUACUUCAACGAUUAGCCACGCAAAUCCUGAAAGAUGAAAAAUCAACUCUGACCACUGUACUUCAGGCGGUUCACGAAUUGGGUCUUUCGCACAAAUAUUUCCAAUAUUUGUCGGCGCACGGCGACAGAAUGGAGCAACUGGCCGAUGGCGAAGCCAGAAGGUGUCAAGAUUUACUGUCGCAAGCUCAGUAUCACGUCGCGAGAGCAAGAAGAUUGGACGAAGAAGAAAAAAUGUUGAGGCGAAAGCAGGAAGAAGAGAGACAAGCUUUCAAAAUGCGUCAAACGGAAGAGCAACGCAAACUGGAAGAGAUGCGACGUCAAAAAGAAGAAGAGAUGCUGCAGAAGCGACAAGAAUACGUGGAGAAAACCAAGAACGCGCUUGUAUUCGGAGAAAUGCCAUCGGAGAAACCUGCGAAGAAAGGCAAAAGACCUCGAACCGAUCAAUAUAUCAGCGACAGUGGAGGAUCCGGCGUGGACGAAGGCGGCAGGGAUGAAACAACGAGAGAUAGAAAACGCAAGAGGAAACCGAGCGGCGAAAGCAAAGAUAAAAAAGGCAGAGGUAAAGGAAGACGCAAGAAGGAAGCUGAAAGUGGCGAAAGUGGAUCGGAAAGCGAUCAACCGAAGCCUAAACGCGGCAAGAAAACUACCAAAAUUAAGAAAGAGAAACGCAAAGGUGCGGUUGAGACGCUCAAAGGUAAAUUGGUUAAAUCAAAGGAAACUAUCUCGACGAGUGAAUCCGACAGCGAUUCCGCCGGUGGCCUUAAAAUCGCUAGCGGUGCUGAAAGCGGCAACGAAAACCAAGCGCGCAGCGGCAGCAGCAGACAGCGAAUCCGAUCCGAUUCGGAAGAGUCUCGAGCUUCGCGCUCGAGAUCUCGUUCAAGAUCCAAGUCCGGAAGCCGCUCGAGAAGCAGUUCGCGUUCAGUUUCUCGAUCUCGAUCUCGAUCCGUUUCUGGAUCCAGAUCCAGAAGCGUCUCGAGAUCGAAAAGUAGAUCGGCAUCCGGAUCAAGAUCAAGAUCGAGAUCAAGAUCGAAAUCGAGAUCAAGAUCGAAAUCGAGAUCGAGAUCAAGAUCAAAAUCAAGAUCAAGAUCAAGAUCAAGAUCAAAAUCAAGAUCAAGAUCAAGAUCAAAAUCAAGAUCAAGAUCAAGAUCAAGAUCAAAGUCAAGAUCAAGAUCAAAGUCAAGAUCAAGAUCAAAGUCAAGAUCAAGAUCAAAGUCAAGAUCAAGAUCAAGAUCAAAAUCAAGGUCAAGAUCAAAAUCAAGGUCAAGAUCAAGAUCAAGAUCAAGAUCAAGAUCAAGAUCAAAAUCAAAAUCAAAAUCAAGAUCAGGAUCAGCGAAAAGCGGGUCGCGUUCAAGAUCCAAUAGCGGUUCUCGGCGAAGCGAAUCGAAAGCGAGAUCAAGGUCGAGCUCGAGAAAGAGCGGUUCCAAGUCCAGAUCGCCGAGCGGUUCAAGAAAGUCACGCUCGAGAUCCAGAUCGAAAAGUGGCUCGCGCUCAGGUUCCGAGGAACGUCGCCAAUCGAGAAGCAAGAGUCGGUCGCGGUCCAAUUCGAAAUCCGUUUCAAGAUCCAAGUCCAGAUCGAGAAGCGGCAGCAGAUCUCGUUCACGCUCUAGAUCAAAGAGUGGUUCCCGAAGCAGGAGUCCGAGCGGAUCGGCGCGAUCCGCAUCCCCGGUAUCUAGAAAAUCAGUGUCGGGUAGCGGCGGUAGCGACAGCGAAUAAAGUUAUCGGCUUUAAGCUUGUUCUACAUUGAUCGCAAGCGCAAAAACGCAAGGAACAGGUCUGGUAGAAUUGAUCAAAUCAGCCAAUUGACCAGCAAGAUUGGUCAAUUCUACGAGAUCUACUAUACCUUGCGUUUGCGCUUGCGAUCAAUGUAGAACAAGCUGUAGAAUGGGCUUUAAGGAAGAACCAAGAUUAUCACACAUAGAAGAUAUAUCACCCUUAAUUCGAUCGAGUGACAUCUUCAUUAUUUUCUACAAUAUUUCUUUUGUUAUUGUCUUCUAUAUUUAAUCGAAUAUAUUAUUAAUACAUGUG